CUGGAAGCUCAAGCACGAGCAGCUCGUGCACCUGGAGCACGACUAGCUCCUCUGGCAGCAGAGAGCAGCUGCGAGAGAGGACAGAGGACAAGUGCCUGGCCAUGCUGAAGAUGCUGGUGAGCGAGGGAGAUCCUGAGGCGAAAUACACAGAACUGGAAACUAUUGGCAAAGGGGGUUUCGGCACUGUGUGCAUGGCAGUGGAGACUGCCACAGGAGAAGAGGUGGCCAUCAAGAAAAUUAGUCUCCUGCAAGAGAGCAGCAGCGAACUGUGCCUGAAUGAAAUCCAGGUCAUGCGUGGCAACAAGAAUGCCAACCUUGUGAACUAUGUAGACAGCUACCUGGUGGACGAGGAACUCUGGCUCGUGAUGGAAUACAUGGACGGAGGUUCUUUACACGAUGUCAUCAGGGAGACUCAUCUGGCAGAAGGAGAGAUAGCAGCUGUCUCUCGGGAGUGCCUGCAAGGCCUGGAUUUCCUUCACUCCAAGCAAGUGAUGCACCGAGACAUCAAAAGCCACAACAUUCUCCUGGGCCUGGACGGAUCUGUCAAGUUGGCUGAUUUUGGCCUUUCUGCUCAGCUCACCGCUGAGCAGAGCAAACGGAGAUCAGCUGUUGGGACCACUUACUGGAUGGCGCCAGAAAUCUUCACCAGGAAAUGCUAUGGCCCCAAAGUGGACAUCUGGUCCUUUGGCAUUGUGGGGAUCGAGAUGGUGGAAGGAGCGCCUCCUCACCAGAUGAAAACCUCCCGCACGGUUCAACAGCUGAUAAGCACCGGGGGCAGCCCAAAGCUGCAGAACCCCAGGCAACAGUCCGCGUGGUUGCGAGACUUUCUGCACUGCUGCCUGGAGACGGACGAGGACAGGCGCUGGUCUGCCCGGGAACUUCUGCAGCAUCCGUUUGUAACAUCAGCCAAGCCGACCUCCACGCUGACGCCUCUGAUCAUGGCAGCACAGCAGUUCAUGGCCGACAGGAGAUACUAGCCCUGGAAGAGGCCCUUGUUGUUUUUCGUAGUUUCUAGUUUCUAGUUUCUGUCUCGUAGUUUGUAGUUUGUAGCUCGAAGUUUGUAGUUUCUAGCUUGAAGUUUGUAGUUUGUUUAGACUAGUAGUCAAAAGAAAUGCUUUAAUAAAGAAAACCU